UCUUCAACAUCCCCCUAUUACUAUAAAAAUAAUCCACACUUUCCCUUAAGGACGUACCACACUUUUCCUCUUCUUUCUCUCUACACUAUCAUAUUCUUCUUUUCUUCCUCUAUCUAUUUAACUUGUCCCACUAACUUGCAAAUGACAGAAUAUUAACUCCUUAAAUCUUGUGUUUUUUUUUUUUUUUUUUUUAUAUAUUUAUAUAAAUUGUAUUAUGGAGAAGGUUGAUUUUGUGAAGAACGGUGUACUUAGAUUGCCACCAGGAUUUAGGUUUCGUCCAACUGAUGAAGAGCUUGUGGUACAAUACUUGAAGCGUAAGGUCUUCUCCUUCCCUUUGCCAGCAUCCAUUAUACCUGAGGUGGAAGUUUACAAGUCUGAUCCUUGGGAUUUGCCAGGUGAUAUGGAGCAAGAAAAGUACUUCUUUAGCACAAAGGAGGUGAAGUAUCCAAAUGGAAACAGGUCAAACAGAGCAACAACGUCAGGAUAUUGGAAGGCAACUGGAAUUGAUAAACAAAUUGUGAUGAAGGGCCAACAACAACAACAAUUAGUAGGAUUGAAGAAAACAUUAGUAUUCUACAGGGGAAAAUCACCACAUGGUUGCAGGACUAAUUGGAUUAUGCACGAAUAUCGUCUUGCCAAUUUUCAAUCUAACAACCAUCCAACCCAGGGAAACUGGGUUAUCUGCCGAAUUUUCUUGAAGAAAAGAGGCACUACCAAAAAUGAGGAGGAGAAUGCGAGGAAUAUAGGCGGAGCUGUAGCCUGCAUUGCAGAGAAGAAGAAGAAGAAGAACGCGUUAGUCUUUUAUGAUUUUAUGGGGAGGGAUAAUAUGAACGGAACCGCAGCAACGACAACCUCAUCAUCCAGUACCACCAGUAGUGGCAUUACUGACUUGACUACUAAUAAUGAAGAAUCUGAUGAAAGUAGCUGCACUUUUAAUACUAGUUUUAGAAGAAAACGUUAAUUAAUUUAUGGUCUUUGAAUA